UCUUGUUUCUAUUCUAUUCCUAUGUUCUAUAGUGUCUGUUUAUUUCUAUUGUUAUUUUCUAUCAUAUUAUGUUAUAUUCUCAGCUCACUUGUCAUUUACACCUGUCCUUUCUACCCUCCUACUUUCCUUGAAGCAAUACUGUUCCUAAAGUAUUGUCGGGAGGAAGAAUGAUUUGUGAUUGAUAAAAGACCGGGUCCAAACUACAAAGGUUGUCCCGCGCGACACCUCCUGGUCGGCGACUGACAAUCACGGGACUGUCAGUCUGUCCCGCGGAGCUUCAACUUUCCGUUCAAACAGAAAAGUCGGGAAUGUUGCAUUUUUUUCUCUCCAGGAUUUCUUUGGGUAAAAACCAGGCGUGAAUAGCUCUGUAAUGUGAUGAAGCAGAGAGGAAAAGGAGGAGAAGAAGGAUGAAGGUGAAUUCUCACCACCUAACCUCCCUGUCUAAGGGCCCUGCUAGCAGCUUCGACAGAGAGGGGAGACUGAGGGUGGGGCGGGAGACACAGGGCAUGUGUGAGAGAUGGUGUCGUUUGAGAGGAAACCUCCUCUUCAUCAUGAAGAAAACUCAACAGAGAUCUGCUUUAGAGGAGGUGCUGGUUCUGGAGAGAUGUCAUGUUCUGGAGAGCACAGACAACAGCAAUGGACUACUCAUUAGGUUUGACAGUGGAGAGCCAGGUGUGUAUGUAGAGUGUGUGAAUUCAGGUGAGGUUAACUCCUGGUUGGUGGCUCUGAGAGAAGCUAACUCUGAGGGGUUAACCAACCGGAUCAGACACCUCCGGACACAACUCAUGGACACAGCCGGGAAUAGCUCUGAGAAUUCCGUCGGAAAUGCAGAGACCACUGUAGUUGAUGCUGUGUGUCCUGCUAAACAGUCACCAUUGGAGUUCAGUAUUGACUGUAGGGGUCUGUCUAUAGGACACAGGGAGAAGAGACCCAACGCGGUGGUGCAGGUGUCAGUCAUCAACACACAGACACACACCAUCACUGACUACUGCUGUACGGAGAUAGUAGAGAGCUCCAGUGACCCAGUGUUUCUGACCGGUGUGUGUAUCUCUCCUGACCACCCUUUCACCCUGGACACGACACUCAAACUGACCGUCUAUCACGCCAAGGUCAAAACACACGACACGAGGAGUUGUUUAGGCUUCACCUGCUUCUCCAUCAGAGAUCUACUCAGGACCAAUGAGCCUCAGCUCUCCCUCAGCCUCAGGUCUGCGGACGGAACGAGCGAGGUCGGGGAGGUGAAGCUGGGUCGUCUGCAGAUGAGAGACAUGGAAAACAGAGAGGGGGAGGACACCACUUCAGACAUGCAUGGACACAAGUGUCUCCUGUGUGAUUCUCUCCAUGGCUCCAUGCACGACAGAGACAACAGUCCCAUGAUGAGGGCAGUGUUCAGGAGCACAGUCUGUAAAGUGUACCGGUUCCAGACCGAGUCUAGCAGGUGGAUGCUGGUGAGAGAACAGAUGAGCGAAAGCCCUCUGUCCUCCAGUCUACCCAAACAGCUUCUGUCCUGCUACAUACAAGAGGACAUGAGGAGGGUCCAGGAGCUUUGUGACCUGUGUGACCUUUCACCCUACUGGGAUCGGUUAAGGACUGAUGUUAUCGCCCACUACAGUCAGCUGAUCAGCACCUACCAGGAAACACUGACAGAACUCAACAAACUGACAGGCUCGUCCUGCUCCUUUAAGGCCAGCUGUAGUAAGAGUGACAGAUAUCUAGAGUUUAUACCUGUCAACCUGCACACACAGAGGAUGCAGGUUACCUGCUCACGGAGAACAGUAUGGUAUGAUGUUGUGACAGUAGGAGCACCAGCUGAUCACUACCAGGGGUUUAAACACGGUGGGCUACAGAGGCUGCUCAACAAACCAGACAGCGACAACAAGAGUGUUAGUGCAGCAUAUUGUUGUAUCUCCUACUCACCAGAGGAGAGCUCCAGAGCCAGGGAGGUACUGAGUAGUGUCUCCCAGCUCCAGCCUCUCAUCUCUGGGCUAACUGAGGAGCUGCUGCAGGCUACUUUGGAAGUCAACUCCCAAAGACUACGGAACAUACUGCACAGCCUGGCACACAGGACUGAACAUUUUGUUCACGCUCUGAAAGAUGAGCUGGUAAAGAACGCCCUGUUGGCUCUCCACACGGCAAGGCCCGCCUACCACCUCAGCAACGGACACGCCCAUGUAACCCACGGUAAUGGGACGGGUCCCAGGCUCUCCUCGGCCAAUCAGGACGGGUUACGGCCGUCGAUACGGCGACAGGAAUCCAUCCCCCAACACACGGAGUAUGACGAGGAAGAAGAGUGGGACAGGGUGUGGGCUAACGUUGCUAUGAGUCUGAACUGCAUCAUCGCCUUGGUGGACCGGCUCCAGGAGAGGGAGACCAGGAAACAGGAAGUGACCUCACAGACACAGAAUGAUGUCACCACCACCUCACACAACACUGACACUUCCCGCGCUCCUUGGCAGGCCUCUCUCGCCCCUCUUCCAGAGCCGUCCCCUUCGUGGCAAGAACAACUCCUCCCUCUAGUUGUGACUCUGAAGGAGUGUGUGAGUGACGCGGUGGAGAGGGCCCGGUGUGCUAUGACCUUCGUCCUCCUACGGGCAGCAGCAUCAGCCUGCCGCGGUCAGGCACUGACACACAGACGAGAUGCUGUCUUCAGCCAGGCACUGUGUGCGGUGGUGUGUGGGUUUGUAUUGAGGCUGUACUCGGGUCUGGAGGAUAAAGGCUUCCUGCUGCAGCUCUGUGAGGUUGGGCUCAUCACACAGUUUGAAGGACUGCUCAGCACCUACAGUGAUGAGGUGGGUAUGUUAGAGGAUAUGGAGAUGGGAGUAUCAGACCUGAAUAGAGUCUCCUUCAAAAUAACUGAAGCCAAAUCAGAGCAACCCACAGAUCUACUGCCCUCUGUCACUGGACUACGGGGUUGUUUUUGUGUGGAAGUCCCCUUGCCGUCGGAGAUGUUUCUGUUGUUACCAGGGGAACUGAGAGAUGGGCGGGACUUAAGAGUUCACCCGUUACUGUUUAACAUCGGCAUCAACCAGCAACAGAGUCUAGCCGAGAGGUUCGGAGACAGUUCUCUCCAAGAAAGGAUCAACCUCAGAAGCUGUGAGAUGUUGAAGUCCUACCACAAGACCCUGAGAGACAAACUACCCAACUUGACCCUGCCCUGUUCCCGGUCCCCGUUAGCUGUGGAGGACUUGUUGUGUUCUCUGGAGCAGUCUCUGGAGAUGAAGAAGAGGAAGAACGUAGAGGUCCUGUGGCUCGCUGCCUCCGUGUGCAGGAGGUUGAAUGGUGUCAGGUUAACCAGCUGUAAAAGUGCCAAAGACAGGACCUCCAUGUCUGUGACUUUAGAACAGUGUAUGUUGCUAAGAGACGAACACACACUCAGCAAGGAGCACUUUAACAGAGCACUGGACUGCAUGAGGAGCUCUCGUCUCCAGCAGGGCCAGAUAGUGGGUUGUUGGGACCCAGAGAGAGGAGCUGGGUCGUGGUCUGGGUUUAAGGGGGAACAGAAGACUCCAGCAGCACCUGGCAGACACUUCUAUCCGGGAGGGCUGUAGAAUGGAGAACGUUGAGAAGAACAUCAGAAGCAGGAAGUAUGCUUUCAACAGCAUCCAGCUGAAGACCUUCCCUAAACCCUACCG